CAGAGACAUGAUUUAAAGGACUUGUAGAAGCGACGACCGUCACUUUAUCCUCUAAAUUGAUCUUAAAGGUGGAAAACUGCCAACCAGAUUACUAUUAUUGAAAUUUACCCCGCCCGGUCGACCCCCCCUCCACUCCACCCCUACACCACUGCACCCGCUUAGCUACCGAGAUGCACACGGAGACUCGAAACAAGAAAUGCCAGUCGAGUCCUAAGAAAAACAGCCCUUCCAACAGCACCGAGCCUGCCGAGGAGAUGCCCUCCAUUCACAUCAAACCAGAGCCCCAAGAACUGGAGUGUUCGGUGAGUCCGUCUCCCGUGGACGAGUGCCCGGAACCCACCGACCUCAAAAUAAAGGCGUCCCCCCCGCCCCUCUGCGUCAUCGACACGCACCCCGACCCCGCCGACGACGUGGACCAGACCGAACCCGUCGACCUCUCCCUCAACAAGCCCCGCCCCUCCCUGCCCGUCGCCGCCGCCACCUCCAGCCCAUCCAACCCGCCGCCGCCCAGCCUGGCCACGGGCACGCCCAUCCCGGCCGUGCUAUCGCCGGGCUCCAUCCUGGCCUCCACCCAGGGAGUAGGGGGGCAGCAGAUCCUCCACGUCAUCCACACCAUCCCCUCCGUCAGCAUGCCCAGUAAGGUGGGGCAGCUCCAGACCAUCCCCGUGGUGGUGCAGUCCCUGCCCGUGGUCUACACCACCCUGCCCGCCGACGGAGUGGCCGCUGCAGCUAUCACCGUACCCCUCAUAGGCAGCGACGGCAGGUCUGAGGGAUCAGUGCGUAUUAAGCCAGGCUCGACCUCUCCGGUGGAGUUCCACAGUGACAGUGAUGCAGAGAGUGGCACAGAGACCGGAUCAGCGUCCUUCAGCACUCAGGGCGCAGACACCAGUAUAAGCACUGAUGUGGAUAUUCCUGCUGACCCUGACUCGCCGGACAUGAAGAGGAGACGCGUUCACAUGUGCGACUACGACGGCUGUAACAAAGUCUACACCAAGAGCUCGCAUCUCAAAGCCCAUCGCAGAAUACACACAGGAGAGAAGCCAUACCACUGUACUUGGGAGGGCUGUACCUGGCGCUUUGCCCGCUCCGACGAGCUGACGCGACAUUUCCGCAAGCACACGGGCAUCAAGCCUUUCCGCUGCACCGACUGCGACCGCAGUUUCUCCCGCUCCGACCACCUCGCCCUGCACAGGCGCCGUCACGUCAUGAUGUGAAACCCCACCCCCCACCCCCCCUCGCCUCCCCCGUCCACCUCACUCCCGCCACCCCCCCAAACUACCCCUUCGCCCCGUCCCUCCCUCAGGAGACUCAGAUGAACCCAAAAAGGGGGAUGGACUGUGAUGCCCCAACACCCCCCCCCCCACCCCACCCCCAAACUCAGCAUCGCCUUUUCUGCCAAUCUGAACGCUGGUGGAAUGUUAGACAGAGAGGAGAUGGUCAGGCCUUGGGUUUCUCUCUCUCUCUCUCUCUCUCUCACUUUCUGCGGUCAGCAUACGCCCCCACCUGUCCUAUUUCACGCUUACUGAAUCCCACCGCACGCCCGUCCACAGCUGACCUGAACUCAGUGCCCUCUCGCCCGCCCGAAAACUCGUAACUCAGAGGAUCCGACAGUGAGACCGAGUGACGGGCUGAUCCACGACGGCGCUGAAACAAGCGCCGGGGGUCGGGAGAGGCUCGUCUUGUGAUUCUUAAAAAAAGAAAAAAAAAGCUAGAGAAAGUCAAGAGGAAGAGAGAGAGGAGAGAAAGAAAGAGAUCUUAAGGAUUCAUAUUGAGAGGACAGUUUGGAGAUGUGUCUUCAGCUGCCUUGUGACCAUGUAACGAUUGCAUUGUUUUUGUUCUCAUUUCUCCGGAACUUACUUUCUGUCGUCCGACAUUUGUAUGCAUGAGCUCUCUGUGUGUUUUUAUCGGUAUUUAGUGCGCGGCCGAAUGUUACUGUCAAGUGUGUGUUUGUUUGUUUAUUUGUUUGUUUUUCCACGAGAAAAGACAGCUGAAGAUGCGUUACGUUGUGUACUCACUCUCUCGCUGUCCUUUCUAGAACAAACCGUGGGAGAGGCGGUGCUGUGUUUUUUGUUUUUUUGUU